GGGAAAACUUUAUUCCAUAGUCCAGUAGUGCUGAAAGGAAAAAAACAGGAUUCUGUAGUCCAAUAGUGCUGAAAUAAGGAAAAACAGGAUUCCAUAUUACAGAAGUGCGUAGAGGGAAAUAGUCUGAAGUCUCAUAGUCAUAGUGAGGAGGCAAAUUCAGUUUUGUUACGAUGGCAACAAAGAGUGGAGGUGCCAACAAAGCAUCGAAAGCGGAAUUUGCCAACAGGGUGGCUGCCACCAAAGCCUACAGGUGUGAGGAGUGCAGCAGGGAGUUUCGUUAUCUAUGUGCUCUGAAGAGACACAUGCGGACUCACACAGGAGAGAAACCCUACAGGUGUGAGGAGUGCAGCAUGCAGUUCGGUGAGAUGGGAAAUCUAAAAAGGCACAUGCAUACUCACACUGGAGAGAAACGCUACAAGUGUGAGGAGUGCAGCAUGCAGUUCGGUGAGAUGGGAAAUCUAAAAAGGCACAUGCAUACUCACACUGGAGAGAAACGCUACAAGUGUGAGGAGUGCAGCAAGCAGUUCAGAGAGCUUGGUCAUCUGAAAAAACACAUGCUGACUCACACAGGGGAGAAACCCUACAAGUGUGAGGAAUGCAGCAAGCAGUUCAGAGAGCUUGGUCAUCUGAAAAACCACAUGCUGACUCACACAGGGGAGAAACCCUACAGGUGUGAGGAGUGCAGCAAGCAGUUUAGUCGGCUGGAUGACUUGAAAAGACACAUGCGAACUCACCGGGAGAGAAACCCUACACGUGUGAGGAGUGCAGCAGGCAGUUUAGUGUGCAGUGUAAUCUGA